GACCUGGUGAGCACCAGCGACUUGGGAGAGGAGAGCAAAGACUAUGGCUCCUUGGCCCGAACUGGAAAACCCCCGUGACCCCAGUAAAUUCAUCGAAAGCUCCAUCAGCCAACAACCCAGCAAGUCUGGAAAAGAUGGAGAAAACCCCUCCAAUGAGACCAUCGCUUCGGUGAAGAAAAUAGAACUGCUUCCUUCUUACUCCACCAUCGCUUUGAUAGAUGAGCCGCCCCCUGAGGACGACCCAUGGAAUCUGCCAGAGCUUCAGGACACCGGGAUCAAGUGGUCAGAACGAGACACCAAAGGGAAAUUACUCUGCAUCCUCGAAGGCAUUGUGAAGUUCAUCUUCCUGCUGGGCUUUCUCUACUUGUUUGUCUGCUCCUUGGACAUCCUAAGUUCUGCCUUCCAGCUGGUUGGAGGGAAAGCCGCUGGGGAUAUUUUCCGAGACGGUUCCGUGCUUUCCAACCCGGUCGCCGGCUUGAUGAUAGGCGUGCUGGUGACGGUGAUGGUGCAGAGCUCCAGCACUUCGUCUUCCAUCAUCGUCAGCAUGGUGUCCUCUUCGUUACUGACCGUCAAGGCAGCCAUCCCUAUCAUCAUGGGUGCCAACAUCGGCACCUCCGUCACCAACACAGUGGUGGCCCUCAUGCAGGCUGGGGACCGGAAUGAAUUUAGAAGGGCCUUCGCCGGGGCGACCGUCCACGACUUCUUUAACUGGCUGUCGGUGCUGGUGCUCCUGCCUUUGGAGGCGGCCACCCAUUACCUCUAUCACCUCACCAGCGCUCUGGUGAACACCUUCCAGAUCCAGAGUGGGGAAGAUGCCCCCGAACUCCUGAAAGUUAUCACAGAUCCUUUCACCAAACUCAUCAUCCAGCUGGAUAAAAAUGUCAUCAACGAAAUUGCUACAGGAGAUGAGGCAGCCAGGAACAAGAGCCUGAUAAAGAUCUGGUGCCAGACACUGAAAAACACCACCGAGCAGAACGUCACUGUCCCCUCUCAAGACAAUUGCACUUCUCCCCAGCUCUGCUGGACGGAUGGAAACCUGACUUGGACCAUCCAGAAUGUGACCUACAAAGAGAACAUCGCUAAGUGCAAUCACAUCUUUGUGAACACCAACCUUCCGGAUCUGGCCGUGGGGCUCAUCCUCCUGGCCUUGUCCCUGCUGGUCCUGUGCACCUGUCUGAUCAUGAUCGUCAAGGUCCUCAACUCUGUGCUCAAGGGACAAGUCGCCAACGUCAUCAAAAAGACCCUCAACACAGAUUUCCCCUUCCCCUUCGCCUGGGUCACGGGCUACUUGGCCAUCCUGGUGGGAGCGGGGAUGACCUUCGUCGUGCAGAGCAGCUCCGUCUUCACGUCGGCCAUCACCCCUCUGGUUGGUAUCGGCGUGAUCAGCAUAGAGAGAGCCUAUCCACUCACUCUGGGCUCCAACAUCGGCACGACCACCACGGCCAUCCUGGCAGCUCUGGCCAGUCCGGGGAGCACUCUGAAGAAUUCACUACAGAUCUCCUUGUGCCACUUCUUCUUCAACAUCUCGGGGAUCCUGCUGUGGUACCCGAUCCCGUUCACCCGCCUGCCCAUCCGGCUGGCCAAGGGCCUGGGAGACAUCACGGCCAAGUACCGCUGGUUCGCCGUCUUCUACCUGAUCUGCUGCUUCUUCGUGGCGCCGUUGGCGGUGUUCGGGCUCUCGCUGGCCGGCUGGCCGGUGCUGGUGGGCGUGAGCACCCCCAUCGUCCUGCUGUUGCUGCUGGUGGUGGUGCUACGGAUUAUGCAGUCCCGCUGCAGCCGCGUCCUGCCCAAGAAGCUGCAGAACUGGGACUUCCUGCCCAAGUGGAUGCACUCGCUGAAGCCCUGGGACAGUGUGGUUUCCGGCCUGACCGGCUCCUUCCGGAAGUGCUGUUGCUGCUGUCGCAUUUGCUGCAUGCUCUGCGGCUGCCCCCCGUGCUGCCGCUGCAGUAAGUGCUGCCGGGACUCAGGCACGGAAGACGAGGAGCCUGCCAAGGACAUCCCCGUCAAGGGGGGCGAGGUGUAUGAGAAUACACUUGCCUUGGCCACCGAGGCCCAGGAGGGGAACCAAGCCUCCCAUCCCGCCCUGGGGACAAAGACCACCUCCAGCAGCACAGCCUUGUAGGGGCAGCUGGGCCGGGGGAGUAUGGGCGAAGGAUGGGGUGGGAGGGCGGUUCACGGCCACCCGUGCCCCACUGCUGUCUCCUCACCUUCUCCCCAGGAGGGUGGGCUGCCUGCCUACCUGUUUGCCUGCCUGCUUGCCCUCCUUGAAGCAUAGCUGAGAUCAAUGUCCCCAGACCAGCUCCUCUCACCAGCUGCCAGGACCUGGAAUCCCCCCCAACCUCCAGGGUCCCGGGGUGCUGAUUUGGCCCGUGGAAGCCCGGGACCAGCUGGUGGUCUUAUUGGGGACACUGGUUGACACCAACAAUCCCUCUCUCCCGGGCAGAUGGCCGUCAGGACCCCAGCCUGGGGAAAAGGAAGCUGACCCGGGGGAGAGUUUUCUCAGAUGGAUAUCUUAUUUCUUGACAAACAGCAGAGACCUUGGCUCUCCCAGUGAAGGACCCCUGAAAAAGCUG